AUGAAGCAAUCGAAUUUUAUAAAAUGUGGUGAUAAUGAAAUCGAUGAAGAUCAGUUGUCAGGUGUCUAUGUGGUAGAGUCACUUUAUACAGCAUACAACUGUACUGGUACUUACUUGACAAAUCACUAUUAUAAGAGUGGUGCAUGUAUAAACAGAGAGUUAUUUCAUUGUUCGCUUGACCAAGACUACAUCACCAUCUUUGAAUAUCCAACCGGUGUAAAUGACUGCUCAGGAAAACCAGAAUCUAAACAUAAUUUCGCUCAUGGCUGCCGUCUUAGCUCAGCUGGUAGUAGCACCGUCGCCAUUCUCAUCCAAGCGGUAAGCAACACCGUGAAGUUUCAUGCAUUUUCUAUCGCGAAGCAAACUGCUGUCUUGAAUUUACUGUACAUUCCCUUGUUGGUAGCUUUACGUUUAGAAGAGAGUGGGACGUGCUUUGAGAGUUUAAUUGGAGAGGCAGGUGAGAUUUUGCUACCAACAAGGGAAUGCGGAGGGGUAGCUGUUUUGGAUUUCAAGUCAACUAACCAUCCAGAUUGGUCACUCUUUGGUUCUCCAAUCUCAGUUCCUGCAUAUAUCCAAGGUCAAAGGGCCUAUGCUACGUAA